AUGCUGGCGCCACGAACAUCGCUGAUCAUGACAGCACUUGGUCUCCUUUACUAUCUUAUGUGCCUAUUCGUUAUCGUCUCACUCUGCAGGCAUUUAUUUGGAGGGCGAUCAUCGUUCUGCAAUAGCCUACAGUUCGACUCGAGACCGAUAGACUUCAGAAGUCCGCCAUUCUGCUGUCUCCUGCCAUUCCUUCCGACGGCCGAGUCUUCUGAGAAAAAUAUUCGUCGUUUGGAAUGGAUGGUACUUCAGGCGCCCGUUGUACGUGCUCUCAUUAUAGUCAGCGAUAUUAUCGCCGUUGCUGAGAUGAGAGAGGAAGCGAAGACAUUCCUCCGGUAUUCGGAUGUGUUCUCCGUCGGUUCGCUGCUUCUCGCAAUAUUCGGUGUACACACGCUGGCACGAGUGACAUCGAACAAGCUCUCCGAGUACUGCUUCAUGACGAUAUUCCGCUUCGUCGAUGUCUCGCUACUUUUCUUUUCUGCUCAGCAGCCGAUGCUCUUCCAAAACGUCCUUCUUCGUUUCGACCUGAUCACAUGCGGUCCUUUACUAACCGCUCAGGAGAACGCCAGUUUCGUGUGCAACUUCGUGAUCAUCUGCGAAAUGUUCGUGCUGUCUCUCCUGGCCACAGUACUCUUGGCACCUCGUCGAAACGCAAUGUUCGACAAUUAUCGCAGACUGAAGACAUCAUCUGUACAUGACACGGACGAGGCUGAUCUCAAUCCGGAAGACGUGGGCAUUGAAUUUAGUCACCGACCCUAA